AGAGCGUGAGCUGUAUACUCCAGUGUACGUUUAACAGUAAAGAAAUGCAUAAAUUCCUGAUUGUUGUUAUUAUGGUCUUGGUUAAAAAUGCUUAUACAGAGCGCAUUGUUGGACCGCCUUGCAUCAUUAAAUCAUCUAGCACUCCAGGUAGGUGUCUAGUGCCACACAUCUGCAGGAUGAUUGAAGAGGUAGCAGGGCUUUGGAGAAAACUACCAAAAUACACUUAUUGUAAAGAAAAAGCUAGCGAAAUAUCCCUUGUUUGUUGUCCAGAAAUUUAUCAACCAGGUUACAUAACUGAAAACAAAUGUAGAGAAUAUGCUUCCCUCAAAGAAGAGAAACAAUUAUGUGUUCGCAAUACUAGUCCGACUAGCAUAACAAACUUUCCCCAUAUAGCGCUAUUAGGAUAUCCCGGCCAAGAAAAUUGGCCUGAAACUCAGUGGCUUUGUAUGGGAGCACUUAUCAGUGAACAAUAUGUUUUAACAGAAGCACAUUGUAUAUCGCGCCGCUGUGAGUAUAAUGUGAGUGAACCAACGGUGGUGUUGUUAGGGGUCACGAAUAGUGAUGAUACUAACCACAGACAGGAAAUAAAAGUUUCAAAGACAAUAUUACAUCAAGAUCCCUCUAACAAACAGGAGAUAGCACUAGUAAAAUUAGAAAAACCAAUAGAAAUGAGUUCGUAUGUGCGUCCGGCAUGCCUAAAGGCAUAUGUUGACAUUCCUGUUACAAAAGUUUUUGUUACCGAAUGGCGUCUUAAGCGUGAUGCAAGAGUCAAGAGUAAAGAGUUGAUCCAAGUGAAAUUACAUAUUCCAAAAAAGCCAUGUUAUGAUGGCCCAGUAAAUCCAUAUGCACAUGAUUUCCAUAUUUGCACAAGUCCACAGCGACAUCGUAAGAAUGCGAGUCUUGAUCGUGUUGGUAGUCCAUUGUAUAUAUAUCACAAUAACAAUUCUACCUCGUGUAUGUACGACAUAGUUGGUGUGACUUCGGAAAGAGGACUGUAUAAUCAACCAGAUCUAAACACACGAAUUAGUUACUGGUUCAUUAAGUGGAUUGAAGAUGAAGUUUGGCCUGAGAAAAGUCAACCAAAGAAGUUAUUUACAUGAGGGCUUGUAGUACAAUUCUCACUAUAUUUGCAAAUAACUAGCAAAGAUCGGUGUGAACCUGUGAACGUGUGUGUGAGCUGUGUAGAUAGGUGCUCUGAGUUUUAUGUGAUUUUCUGUGGUAUUUCAAACAAUUAAUUAUUAAUAAUUUUACAGUAAGUGAAGUCAUAUUCUGGGUUUAUUUGACAAUAUUUUUUCCCUUGCAUUACUGCUUUUUUAAGACAAAUAUUAAGUUUUUAUUCUUCCUUAUAUCGAAAUUCGAUGCGAUCGAUACGUUUUACGGCUUGUUUUUCUUACUUUAUUUAGAUAUCUUUUUACAAACACUGAUAAAAUUGUCGAUGUAGCAACAAAAUCAGUGGAUUUUAUAGUCAUAAAGGUGAAAAGUGUAAUUCUAGCACUCAUUCAAUUAAAAUUCAGCUGAUUUUUUUAACAACCCUUGUUAUACAUCCAUACCGCUAUUUUAAAUUCCUAUUUUCAACAUGAGUACUUGCCAAAAAUGUAAAUGCUCAGUAAUUGAUCACGUAACAUGUUCUAAAUGUAAAAGCUCAUUUCAUCCUAGCUGUCUCAGAAUAUAUAAAAACUACUCUACAGUUUCUAAUGAUAGUACAACGGUUAACGGUUGCCCUCGCUGCGAAAAAAAUCAAAUAACCUCAGCAGUAGGAUCUACUCAGAUACGCCCAUCUCUUCCUGAGCCUGAUGAUUCUUUGAUCACUUUACUUCGCAAUCAAAUUGAUUCUUUACAAACCGAUUUAGAAGACCUUAAAAAAUCAUAUAAAGAAUCUGUACAACACAUGGUAGUGAAUAUGGAGCAAUAUCUAGGUAGAUUAUUUGAUGACUUACGUAAAGAAUUAAUAACAUCAUUAAAUAAUAAUAUCAAAAAAGAAGUUGACUCUCUGAAACCAACUUUGCAGGAUUUUUGCCGUGAAUCAUUUGAACCUUUAUUGCGUAUGCUACCAAAUCUCCAAUCUACUCAUGAAUCGAAUAUUAUCGAAUCCAACAAACCACCAUCAUCUAGAAAAUCAAAAACAUCACAGUCGCCACAAUUAACAAAAAAACGCAAAAUUAUUUUAUUAGCUGACGAAAAAGGACGAAAUUGUGUUGACUUAAUGAAUGAUUACCUUCCACAUAAUGAAUCUGAUUUAUUAUCAGUAGUUAAACCAAAUGCAUCUUUGACUGGCUUAACGGACUGCGAUAAUGAAACUUUGAUCUUAGCAAUGAUGAUUACUUAAUUAUAUUUGGUGGCAAUCUGGAGGUAAAAAAUGGCAAAGUAUCUGAUGUGGACACGUUGCAUAAAACAUUUCGCGAUAAGUUUAAAAAAAAUAAAACAGUUAUUGUAGGAUGUCCGUAUUUUAAUGGUCGUUCUGAUAGGAACAAGUCGGCUUAUGAAUUAAAUUGCAAUUUACGUAACAUAGCUACACAGAGUAUAAAUCUUGAAAGAUAUUCGUAUUUGGAUCCCAAUGAGCUUUUAUACAAUCAAUUUAAAACUGAUGCUGUCAUAUUUAACCAAGCUGCUAAAAGAAAUAUAAUUAAAAACAUAGUUCAUCACAUAAUUUGUAACACGGAUAAUUCCUCUGCUACUUUAAAUAUGAACGUACGACGUCCCUUUACUCACAAGAAUUAUCCUCACAGCAGCUCAUCUAAUCGUCAUAUGAUAAAAAAUUUAUCCUCGAGAAACAAUUCUCAUUUUUUAUAGAUAAUUCCGUUGCGCCUAAUUUUUUGGUUAACAAUUCCACUCGUUUUUCCACUUCUCGUAACAACAACACUACUCUCCACGAUAUUUACCAUAAUGGUAAGGCAUCAAAAUCCAAGUGCACAUUAUUAUAUUCUAAUAUUUCCACACAGAAAUCGUCGCAAAUAUUUUGCUAUCAAAACACGAGAGGGUUAUGCACUAAAAUAACAGAAUUCUAUUCUACAUGCUCAGGUCUUAUACACUACGACAUCAUUGGUUUAACGGAAACCUGGCUUAACAGCAGCAUAAAUAAUGCGGAAUUUUUCGACCUUAACAAAUACAACAUCUUCAGGACUGACCGAAAUAAUGACACUACGGGUCUGAAAAGUGGUGGAGGUGUAUUACUAGCUAUUGACCAGCGACUAAAUGCUGAGCUGAUAAAAUUUGAUCGCUCUGAUAACAGUAUAAAUAUAUCACCCCUAAUAGAUUUUUUGUUAGUAAAGCUUGGUUCCCAUUCUCGCACAUUAUUUGUAUUGCUUAUAUAUAUUCCUCCCUCCUGUGAUAGCACAGCUUAUGAUGUUUUCGUCGACUAUCUACUAUCCUUAGAAUGUCUUUUCGGAUCUGAGUUACUCUUUCUUGGUGACUUUAACGUUCCCGAAUUUGUCCAAUCCAUAUCUAGUUGCUCUAAUUUUAAAUAUCUUUCUAGUCUAAACCAACUAAUGAACUUUUUUGACAUGAAACAGUGUAAUCAUAUCUUGAACGCUAAUAAUAGACUACUAGAUCUUGUUCUAGUCACUAACCACAGCCAGUGCACUGUCUCUAGAGCAGGUGAAUGUCUAGUCCCAGAGGACAAGCACCAUCCAGCUUUGGAUAUUGAUUUUAAAUUUACUAGUUACUGCCAUAAAAACAUAACCUCGGUAAAUGAGAAUGAAUUCAAUUUUAAAAAAAGUAAUUUCGUCCUGUUAUAUUCGCUAUUAUAUGAAACAAACUGGUCAUCCCUUAACCAUUUCUCAGAUGUAAAUGAAGCUGUUACUAAAUUCUAUAAUAUGUUAUAUGAGAUUUUUGAAAAAUGUGUUCCGAAAAAAAGGAAACCAACCACGCGCAUUUAUCCUCGGUGGUUUAAUGGCCAAAUAAUCCAUAUGUUAAAACAAAAGACGUCGGCAUGGAAACGCUACAAAAAGUCUAGUACGCCAGAGGACUUCGGUUUAUUUAAAUCCCUUAGGGCAAAAUUAAAAUCUGAUAUUAAGGCAGCUUACUCUGAUUACAUAAAAAAUAUAAACCAAAACAUCAAAAGUGAUCCAAAACAUUUCUGGUCCUUUAUAAAAUCAAAAAAUAAUGCAGAUACAAUUCCAUCUACAAUUACAUAUGAGGGUGAUACUAUUCAUGAUCCUCAGCGGAUAGCGGAUAAUUUUGCGCACUAUUUCUCUAAAUCCUUCACCAAAUCGUCAAUAAACGCAAAUCCACAGCCUUCUAACUACCAUGCAAACCUAAUCCACAUCAGUAUGGUAACGGAAAAACAAGUACUGUCUGCAAUCAAAAAAUUAAAAGCUGCUACAACGUCUGGCCCUGACUUAAUACCCGCCUUUACCAUAAGGGACUGUGCGCACAUAUUUGUAAUUCCAUUAACAAUCUUAUUUAAUAUAAUUUUAAAAACAUCUACAUUUCCUCAAAAAUGGAAACUCUCACGUAUAUGUCCAGUCUUUAAAAAAGGUGAUAAAUCAGAUUUAGAAAACUAUAGACCGAUCUCUAUAAUUAAUAACUUUUCCAAAAUUUUUGAACAUCUUUUAUAUGCAAAUAUUUACGAUAAUGUCGCUACUGUUCUAUCGUCAACCCAACAUGGAUUUGUAAGAAAACGUUCAACUGAAACGAAUCUCGUAACUUUGACACAGUUUAUAUCCGAGGCCUUAGAUAACCAACAACAAGUCGACGUCAUUGACACAGACUUUUCUAAAGCGUUCGACAAGAUCAAUCAUCGUCUUUUACUGUGGAAAUUAAAUAACAACUUUGGUUUUUCGAAUGGUCUGAUAAAAUUAGUGGAAUCAUACUUAAAUGACAGGUUACUUUAUGUCAAUGUAAAAGGAUUUAAAUCGAAAGCAUUUAAACAAGUCAGUGGCGUACCCCAAGGCUCUGUUCUUGGGCCAUUGUUUUUCAAUAUCUUCAUCAAUGACAUAGUAGAUGUUAUUGAUGUACCCUCCCUAAUGUUUGCUGAUGAUCAAAAACUAUAUUCUGUUAUAAAAUCAUAUGAUGACAGUGAACGUCUACAGCAAAACUUAAAUUAAAUAUACCAAUGGUGCCUAAAUAACUAUCUUAUUUUAAAUACCGGAAAAUGUCUAGUAAUGUCAUUCACACAUAAACUAACGCCGUUAACUUAUGUUUAUGAAAUUAACGGCAUUCAGCUUGCGAGACCCAAUGUUAUGCGUGAUCUUGGAGUUAUCUAUGAUCCAAAACUCAGUUUUAAAUAUCAUAUCGAUUCGAUUGUUAGCUCUGCUUUUAAAUCUUUAGGGUUCAUACUACGAAAUGGUCGCCUUUUUAAUGAUGUCGAUACUUUGAAAUUACUGUAUACUGCAUAUGUCAGAUCACAUCUUGAGUAUGCAUCGCUGGUGUGGUCACAUUUGUAUAACAUUUACAUAUCAGAAUUAGAGAGGGUCCAGCGCAGGUUUCUUAAAACAGCUUCGUAUUUAUCGGAAGGGGUUUACCCCCCACAAGGCUAUCCGCAAGAAUUGCUACUGAGAAAAUUUAGUUUGAAUUCUCUAGUUACAAGAAGAAUUGAACACUCCAUCCUAUUUCUUUUUAAUCUCAUACACGGGCGACAUGAAUGUGUUUGUAUACUAAAUCAGUUGGAUUUCAAGAUUCCUGUACGCGACACUAGAAGUAACGACACUUUCUACAUCAAGACUUCUAGGACCAACAUUAUGUCCAAUUCACCUCUCAUCUUCAUGCUCGCCAACUACACCUGUAUCCAAGAUAAUAUCGACAUUUUUAAUUCAACCUCAAAUGAUAUAAAAAAACAAUUUCGACCUGAACAUCCGUAAGUCACCUAUCUGCACAUGUUAUUAUUAGUUUAUUUUUGUUUUGUUAUAAGUAUUGUAUUUUUAUGUAUGUAUGAUUACCUUGUCCUGUUAUUGGGCCUUAAGCCCGUUGGGCACUGUAUUGAAAUAAAUAAAUAAAUAAAU